AUGUCUACAUCCUCAGCUCAAUCCUUCCGCCAAAUGGUCGGAAUCCCCCGCUCCUCUGCCUCAAUCCAAGACUCCACUCUCAUCAUCAUCGAUGCCCAAAACGAAUACGCCCACGGCAACCUCCAGAUCGAUCGCGUUGCUGAGUCCCGCAAGGUCAUUUCAGAUCUACUAAUCCGUUACCGCCAGGGCGGUAAUGGGCGCAACAUCGUCCAUGUCGUCCACCAGACGCCACCGGGCGCUCCCGUUUUCACGCCGGGAACGGAGUUGGCGCAGGAAUUCGACGAGCUUACCCCUGUUUCUGGGGAAAAAGUCGUGAGCAAGAACUUUCCUAGCUCGUUUGCGCAAACAGAUCUGCACGAGUACCUGGGUAGUCUGGGCAGUGUGGGGAGGAAAAUUGUCUUGGUGGGGUACAUGGCGCAUGUGUGUGUGUCUACGACUGCCAGAGCCGGCAAUGAAUUGGGGUACGAUGUUCUGGUUGUGAAGGAUGCGGUGGGAGACCGGAAUAUUCCAGGAGUGGAGGCAGCGACGUUGAAGGAGGUGAGCUUGAGGGAGUUGGAGGAUGCUUUUGCGACGGUUGUUUCCGCUGGCCAGAUUGCUGCAUAG